UCAGCUUGAACUGUCUGAACUUCAUCGAUGUGUAAAUAUUGUUCUAUUAUUUCAGUUGUACAGCAACCAAGCACUAAACCGAGCAGGGAGCGUCGACUUUUAUUUUGAAAGAACGUGUUUUUUGUUGACGUUCUUCUUGUAUCCAGUGUCACGUCGAGCAGUGCAGAAUGGCGGCUCUUUUGGAAUCAUUGCUUAAAAGAGAAGUUGAGUUAUACCGGGCCUUGGCGUGGCUUAGAGGACAAACUGAAUGCACAGGCAAUGAUCAAGAUCUGCUGCUAAAAGUUAGGAAGCAAGAGUUUGUGCCUUUCCUUCUGAAUUUCUUGAGGGACCAGAGCAGCAGAACUUUGUCCCAUGGCGCCACCACUCCUGCCAAGACACCCAGCAGCAUCAGGUCUUCAGGGGCCCAGGGCUCCUCUACUGAGCGCCGGGCAAACAGGUCAUCCGCGGGGCACGGGUCACGCAGCGCUAGCCGAGUCCAGCUUUUCUCAUCAGAUCCUUCCACACCCCGGCCAGACAACUCAAGCGAACGGAACAGCUCGACGGUCAGCAAUCAGGACCUCGGCAUCAGUCCGAUGUUCGCCUCCGGAUGGAGCCCUGCCCCGAGGCACACGCCCUCAGAGCGGCGUCUCACCCAGCGUCACCGUCUUGCUGACUUUAUGAUUUCACCCCCAGAGAGCCAGCCAAGUCCCACCACGCAGCAGCAUCGAGGCCGCCGGAGGAGCGGGCCCCACGGGCCGACCUCGGCAAGCCGGCAGGCCGGAGCUCGUAGCGGGCACUUGGACGAGGGGGGUCGGUGGGAUGGCGCAGGAAGAAAGGGCAGAGGUGGAGGGAGGAUUAGUGAGCCAGUGUCACCACCCACACAAGUAGAGCUGAACUUCAACAGCUUGGAGGACUUCCCUCCAGUCGGGGCAUCCCAUGUUUCACCUCUUGCAACUAAACCGUCUCGUCGAAUCAACCCGACACCGGUCAGCGCAGAGCGCCCCAACUCUAAACCUAAGAGCUGCUUCACCUCCACUCCUCUCAGCCAGCCCUGCAGUCCUCCCUCUAUCCCAGAGGUCCUGGGUGGGAGUCCAGCUGGGAGUUCCCUCUGUCUGCAACAGGAGAGGGAACUGCUGAAGAAAGAAAGGUCUAAGCUUGCACAGCAGUGCAGCUCCCCAUUGAAGCCUCCCGUGGGUGUUUGUACCCCCACCAAACCAGCGGUUAGCCCUGGGGCUAAGGUCACUCCUGAAGCCCAGGCACCCUGCCCUGACCCCUCCAAAGUGACCCAUGCACAAGAGCUUAACCUUUUAGCUGAGGUGUACUGUGCUUGCAUUUCAGAGAACCUGGUGCCAUGUGUGUUCCUGGAGCUGUUCUUUGUGCUGCAGCUGCUCACCACAAGGAGCACAUCACCCACAGAAGAGUGUCCCACUGUGGGUGGGGGAAACACAGACCUUCUGGAGAAAGCAUAUCUGCGAGAUGUCCACAGCUGUGUAUACUUUGCGGUUCGUGUUUUGGAGAAUCAGUUUGCGCUGCUCUCGCACCUGGACCGAUGCACGCUGCGCCUCCUGGUGGAGAACGAGAGGGUGGGCACUUUCUCCCCAGCCCUGCGAGAUCGCCUAGUACAAGCUCAGGACACCAGCACAGCCAAGGUGCUCCCCGAUGCCCACACCUUCAUUCAUUCAGUGCCGUUCCAGCCAUCCACUGACAACCGUGCCAACUUUAGCAGUGACAAGGCUUUCCACAUCUUUAAAAAGCAGAGAGAUAUAUUUUACGAGCUCCUGAGAGAGUGGGAGGACUGUCAUAAGGAGCCUGGCUGGGAGUUUGAGGCGGCUCUGGGCCACAGAGUCAGGUGUGAGUGGCUGGGGUUUACUAACAUGGCGAUGGUCAGUCAGCUGACUGUGGCAGGAAACCACUGUCACUUUGCCAGGCUCUUCCAAAAGCAGCUGGUGCAGAUGUGCAAGGGCCCCAGGGCGCCGGGCUCUCCUGGAGAUGCCCCGGACGCGGACCUGCUGGGCGUGGUGGGGGCCGACGGUCUGGGGCGCCUGCAGAGGCUGCAGGAGCGUCUGAGCCAACCACAGGCCCCGAGCGGACCCUGCCCGCCGCCCUCUUUCCCCGGACCCCAGGAGUUCUUUAAAGACUUCCUGCAGACAGCCAGCUGCUGUCAGUUGAACCAGCACCUGAAGGACGGCUUGUGUCAGCAAUUGCUGCAGCUGAAUGAGGUGUCUAUCCUGGGCACAGAGGCCACCUCAGCCGUGGGCGCGGAGGAGGCAGGCGGGGACAUGGACCAGCAGGAUGAGAAGCAGCGAUUCUCCUCGGUACUCCUCGUGGCUCGACUGCUUGCUAAGUUCUUGGGCUUCAUCUCCUUCAUGCCUUACCAGACAUCUGAGGCUCCAUCCAAAGAGAUCCAGGAGGCCGCCAUCGCUCUCCGCAGCAAGAGUGCUCCAGUGUUGGACGUUUGUGCGGUGCUGAGGAGCUGUGUGCGCAGGAGGCGCACUGUGCUGACUGUUCCCUGGCUGGUGGAGUUCCUCUCCAUGCUGGACCACACCGGCCCAUCUCUGCCCUGCUACAGGACGGCCCUGUGCCUGCUGCUGCAGCUCUACAGGCAGCUGAGGCUGGGUAAAGGGGGAGAGCAAUUUUACAUGAAUCAUCUUCUUCUGAUGGCAGUGCUGGGCUGGCUUUUUCAGAUCCCAGUCUUCCCUGAGGACCUCUUCUUUAGCGUGGACCUAAGAGAUGAACUGGAGGAUUUGGAGAGUCAUACUAGCAGUCAAGGACUAGACAAUCUGCCCUUGUUGGACCAGCAACUGCUCUAUACCUGCUGCCCGUAUUUAGGAGAAUUUCGCAAGCUGUUGGCUGCCUUUGUGUCAGGGAGCGCAUCCAAAGCAGGAGGCCUGAUCCGCAAGAUCACGCCCACAUCUGCGGAGCUCCCGGGGCCCUCCACCACUCGCUCCCAGCAGAAACUGCAUCUGGAUCUGGAGCAGGCUUUCUUUCAUAACCAGCCUCCUUCGCUUAGGCGUACUGUGGAAUUCGUGGCAGAGAGAGUCGGCUCCAACUGUGUCAAACACAUCAAGGCCACACUGGUAUCUGAGCUGGUACGUGGCGGAGAGAAUGCUCUCCGGGACGGUUUGGCCUCCGAGGGCGCUUGUGCGGCCAAGCUGAAUGACUCUCUCUGUGCGCAGCUCUGUGACGCAGGCAUGCAGGCUCUGGAGAGAGCCACCAGGUUUUGCGGUGAGAAUGCUCCUAGAGCGGUCAGUGUUCUUCUGCCUGAAGAGACCUCACAUGCUGUCCUGACAACAGCCGAGAGCAUCACCACACGCUUGGCCACAGAGAAAGCCUGCAACUGGCUCUCCUCCAAUAUCACAACUCUGAUAAAGAGAGAGUGGAAAAGCAGUUUUGAGCGGAUCACGAGGAGUGUGCCGUGCCCUGCCAGCGCAGACUCUGCAGACUCGGACAGAGCUAGCAGUCGGCAGACACUGGGAAGUUCAUCAAGGCAGGAUGCGGGGUCCGCAUGCCCCCCAGAUUGCACCCACAAAGCUCCACUGGCAUCAGAUGUCAUCAUUGAGAUAAAGGAGGUGCUGAGCAUUGCGACAGGGCCUAGGUCUGAAGAGGAGGUUUUCACGGCUCAGCACAUCUGUUCCAUUCUAAAUAAAGUGGCACAAACACUGAGCUGCAGAAAGUUCAUGUCUUCAGUGGCUGAGCAGAUGCUGUUGCGCUGUACUGUGCUGCUGGCCUGCAAACUAGUAUCUGGAGACCUUCCCUUAGUGUCACCGGCAGAGAUUGUGAGGUCUCUGUUGGAUGAGUUUGUCCUCCUCUGGGCUCAUACUCCUUCUGGCCCUAUACCUUUCCACAUCCUCCUGAGUGAAGCUACCAUCACUGCUAUUCUCAAUGCCAGUGAAUUGCAGAGGCGUCACUACCUGCUCUUGGUUAAAUUGCUCAUAGAGAAACAUCUUCUGAAAGAGGAAGAAAUAGGCUCUCAGUGGGCAAAGAUGUCAGAGUUAUCCUGGCCAGUGGAAUCCAUUGAGAGGUUUCAGAAGCUCUCUUUGGCGUCUCCUUUACCAGUGCCUUCAGUACAACGUGGCGAUAUCCUGCAGGUCUCACAGUGACCAGCAGAGGUCGCCACCAACACUACGAGACGUGAAACACUCGCAUGCGGAAAAGCGAAGGAGCAAGACCAACUGAAGCUGUUGUGUGUUUUAAAAAGGUUUUAAGCACUCGAUUUAUGAUGUGGAGAGUAUGCGAAACUCCAGAAGCACUUAGUAGUUGUCUGUCAAAAGUGAGUAGGGUACAUUGUUUAACAUGCCCUCACUGAGUGAAGCCUUAAAUGCCCCUAGCCUCCCAUGUGGUGCAUAACCUCAGUGCUUCACACGUGGUUUCACAGUACAAUGUACUUUCGUCUCUGGUUUUGAGCAGCUCGGUUAUAUAGGAUAGAGGCUUAGCUAUUACUUCAGUGCAGUAAAACUUUUGCUUCUGAAGUUCCAUCUAUAUACCCGUUUAGAUCCCCCGCGCCCUCCCUAGAAAUAACUUUACCGAAAUUAGGAAGUAAAGUUGACGAUUCUGAAAAUAGGUUUUAAAAGGAAGCGUUUGUCAUUUGUAUUGAACACCUCUGGACCCCAUCAGCUCCACCUUAAAGUGGAAGUGCAGGGAUACAACACAUCCAGACGUUGCUCCUGCUGGGUUUCCACGCUAGGUUUUAUAGCUUAUAGAUUGGAAUUUCUUACUGUUGCAAAUAUCAGAAAGCUCUGUAGAUGCAAAAGGCCUCUUCUGACAUUACUUUGCAGCAUUGCACCCUACUUAUUUAUUUUGUUAGUGAUUGCGCUUUAACCACAAAAAUAAUUACUAAUCGCUGCUAGUUAGCUGCAUCUCUGUGUGUAUGUUCGAGGGGGCUUUUGUUGCUCUGAAUGCUUUUGGAUGCAUUUUUAAAGGACUUGGUUCAUGUUGGACAAUUAUAAUGGCUGGUUUUAAACUGCAACAUUAAUGUCAAACGUAUUGAAUAUAAUAAAUUUAUGUACAUGGCUCAA